AUUUCACUUUUUUAAUCUCAUAAACUUUGAGAACUUUUCACAUUCUCACACUAUUGAAAGACGUUAGCCAUGACCUCUGUGGUUCACGGCCGACGUGACACAUCAUUUCCUUCAAAACAACAACCCACUUCCUCUUCGCCCGACUCUUUCACAGAAAUAUUUAUUGGUGAUGAACUGUCAGUCUGUCUUUUUCUCUGGCUUAUGGUCAUCAUGUUUCAUCCAAACCAAGCAGCUCUGCUCUCCUUAUUAUUUAUGCACGGGGUCUUUGCAGAUCAAGAAGGCAACCACAAGAAUGAAGAGGUGUCCAGAGGAGGCUCUGUCAUCUUUACUUGCAACACAUCAAGAGAAAAUACAAAACAAAUCACCUGGAGCAAAGGCAGAUUUUAUUUUUCUCAUUUAAUGAAAGGAAAUGUGACUGUUUCAAAUUUCACCUCUGACAGACUGACAAUAGAUCUAUCCUCAAAGCUGAUUAUUUCUAAUGCUCAGGAAGAUGAUGAAGGACUAUAUACAUGUAAUUUAACUGAAUCUUCAGGGUCAACGACUUAUCGGUGGAAUUUAACCGUGUCUGACAAACCUGAAGAGGAGAAGUCAUCGGGGUAUUUCCCAUACAUACUCACAGCUGGGAUUGGAUUCCUUCUAUGUGGCAUCCCUCCAGCUGUUUAUCUCUGCAUGGAAAGCAAGAGCUGGGCCUCAAACCAGGACUUAACCUGCAGCAGAACCCUGAUCUAUGCCGUGGUUCAAGUCCCGUUUGGAGGAGGAGAGGUGCCUCUGAAUCUGCCCCAAAGCUGUGUGGAAUACAAGAUGAUAAACACUUGAAGGGACUCGACUUCAAUAUUUUUCAUUGAGUUCAGAUUAAAACUGAGUAACCAGACAGCUGCUCGAAUGGAAUAAUGACGGAACACAUCGUUAUGACAUA